GCGGGGGGGCGCGGCGCCGGCUGCUUUCCUGCACGCGGCUGGCCUCGAGACUGCACGAGCGGGCGGCCAGGGGGGCGAGCGGCUUGCGCGCGGGGCCGCGGGCAGACGAGGCCGGCCGGACUUCCGAAAGUGGAGCGAGCUCCGAGUUUUGGAGAUGCUGGAGGGAAAAGCUCCUCCGAGAUGAGUGUGGCCCCCUGGCUCGUGGUAGCCGCCAGGUUUCUCUAACGCCAUGGCGCGGACUGGAGUGAGAAACCGCUGUCUGUCGCUGGCUGCAAAGUGAGGGAGAAGCAGGCUGCGGGCCGUCCCAGCACGACAUGGAGCCCUGCGGAGACCUCGAGACGCCCCUCGGGGAACCUUCUGGCCCCGGGGGACGGGCAGUUGAGGACGAGGCCCUGGGCGAAGACACUGGGGAGCGGUGGAGCCCCGAGUGCCAUCUGCAGAGAAAAUUGGCGGACCCCAGCCACAGUGAACAGCAAGAUCGAAACAGAGUUUCGGAAGAACUUAUCAUGGUUGUCCAAGAAAUGAAAAAAUGCUUCCCCUCGGAGAGACGCAAUAAACCAAGCACUCUAGAUGCCCUCAACUAUGCCCUCCGCUGUGUCCACAGCGUGCAAGCAAACAGUGAGUUUUUCCAGAUUCUCAGUCAAAAUGGAGCACCUCAGGCAGAUGUGACCAUGUACAGUCUUGAGGAGCUGGCCACUAUUGCUUCAGAACACACUUCCAAAAACACAGAUACCUUUGUGGCAGUAUUUUCAUUUCUGUCUGGAAGGUUAGUGCACAUUUCUGAACAGGCUGCUUUGAUCCUGAAUCAUAAGAAAGAUGUCCUGGCUUCUUCUCACUUUGUUGACCUGCUUGCCCCUCAAGACGUGAGGGUGUUCUAUGCACACACUGCAAGAGCUCAGCUUCCCUUCUGGAACAACUGGACCCAAAGAGCAGCUCCACGGUAUGAAUGUGCUCCGGUGAAACCCUUUUUCUGCAGGAUCCGUGGAGGUGAAGACAGAGAGCAAGAGAAGCGUCCCUCCCCAUUCCGGAUCAUCCCUUAUCUGAUUCAUGUCCAUCACCCUGCCCAGCCAGAAUCGGAAUCGGAGCCUUGCUGUCUCACUGUGGUUGAAAAGAUUCACUCUGGUUACGAAGCUCCUCGAAUCCCGGUGAAUAAAAGAAUCUUUACCACAACACACACCCCAGGGUGUGUUUUUCUUGAAGUAGAUGAAAGAGCAGUGCCUUUGCUGGGUUACCUACCUCAGGACCUGAUUGGAACGUCGAUCUUAACCUACCUGCACCCUGAAGAUCGUUCUCUGAUGGUUGCCAUACACCAAAAAGUCUUGAAGUAUGCAGGGCAUCCUCCCUUUGAACACUCUCCCAUUCGAUUCUGUACUCAAAAUGGAGACUACAUCAUACUGGAUUCCAGUUGGUCCAGCUUCGUGAAUCCCUGGACCAGGAAGGUUUCUUUCGUCAUUGGUCGGCAUAAAGUUCGAACGAGCCCACUAAAUGAGGAUGUUUUUGCUACCAAAAUUAAAAAGAUGAACAAUAAUGACAAAGACAUAACAGAAUUACAAGAACAAAUUUACAAACUUCUCUUACAGCCAGUUCACGUGAGUGUGUCCAGCGGCUAUGGGAGCCUGGGAAGCAGUGGGUCACAGGAGCAGCUUGUCAGCAUGGCCUCCUCCAGUGAGGCCAGUGGGCAAUGUGUGGAGGAGACAAAGGCGGAGCAGAUGACCUUGCAGCAGGUCUAUGCCAGUGUCAACAAAAUUAAGAUUCGGGGUCAGCAGCUCUACAUUGAGUCAAGGACCAAAUCAUCCGUCAAGCCAGUGACGGGGACGUGCACAGAACCGAACGGUGGUGGUGACUAUACGGCCUGUACUUCCUUCCACCAAACACUGAAAAAUAAUAGCACGUACACUGAGCCUCACGAGGAUUGGAGGAACGAAGAGCACAGCCCGUCCUAUCAGCAGAUUAACUGUAUCGACAAUGUCAUCAGAUACCUAAAGAGCUACAAUAUUCCAGCUUUGAAAAGAAAGUGUAUCUCCUGUACAAAUACAACUUCUUCAUCCUCAGAAGAAGACAAACAGAACCACAAAGUGGAUGAUGUCCAAGCCUUACAAGCUGGUUUGCAAAUCCCAGCCAUACCCAAGCCAGAAAUGCCAACAAAUGGAUGGUCCACAGACGCAGGAGGAGGAGCUCCACAGAUCCUGUCCACGACAGUGCUGAGCUUGGGGUCGGGCAUGAGCCAGUGUGGUUACAGCAGCACCACUGUCCAUGUCCCACCCCCAGAGACAGCCAGGGAUGCCACCCUCAUGUGUGAGCCCUGGACCCUGAACAUGCAGCCAGCCUCUUUGACCUCAGAAGAAUUUCAACACGUGGGGCUCACUGCGGCUGUUCUGUCGGCACACACCCAGAAGGAAGAGCAGAAUUAUGUUGAUAAAUUCCGAGAAAAGAUCCUGUCAUCACCCUACAGCUCCUAUCUUCAGCAAGAAAGCAGGAGCAAAGCCAAAUAUUCAUAUUUUCAAGGAGAUUCGUCUUCCAAGCAGACUCGGUCGGCCGGCUGCAGGAAAGGGAAGCACAAGCGGAAGAAGCUGCUGGAGCCACCGGCCAGCAGCAGCUCGAACACAGGCUCCGGUCCCCGCAGGGGAGCGCAUCUGAACGCACUGCCCUGCUGCCCCUCCGCGGCCUCUUCUCCGCACUCCUCAGGCCCGACCUUCCCACCUGCCGCCAUGGUACCCAGCCAGGCCCCCUGUCUCGUCCCGGCGUUUCCGCUCCCAGCCGUGACCUGUCCCGGAAGAGAAUAUGCCGCCCCCGGAAGUGCGCCGGAAGUCCUGCUUGGGCCGUCCGCGUCCAAGGACCUGCAGACUUGCCCAGCUUUCCUUUCUCCUUACUUGGCUACUUUUAUGACGGUUUUCCUGCCUGACCCCUCUGUCUGCUCUCUGUUGUCGCCGUCGUUCUUUCCACGUCCAUUCCUGGGGGUGACAGCCUCUUCUGCAAUAUCACCCUCCAUGUCGGCCAUGACUCCAAACCUGGACCCACCCCCUUCAGUCACCAACCAAAGGAGAGAGGAGGAAAAGUGGGAGGCACAAAGCGAGGGGCACCCAUUCAUUUCCUCCAGGAGCAGCUCGCCCUUGCAGUUAAACUUACUUCAGGAAGAGAUGCCCAGACCCUCUGAAUCUCCAGAUGAGAUAAGAAGGAACAGGUGCCCACAAGCUGAGUAUCAGUGUGUUAUAGGCAACAGUAGCAGUGAGGGCAGUCCUGCUACUACCCCCACACUGUCCACGGGAUCACCUCCCAGGGAGACUCCAUCGCAUCCUACUGCCGGCGUGCUGUCCCCAGGGUCACCUCCCAGGGAAACUCCAUCACGUCCUACUGCCAGCGUGCUGUCCCCAGGGUCACCUCCCAGGGAGACUCCAUCGCAUCCUACUGCCGGCGUGCUGUCCCGAGGGUCACCUCCCAGGGAGACUCCAUCCAGAACUGGUUCUUCAGCAUCAGGAAGCAGCGACUGCAGUAUAUACUUUACUAGUAGUGCUUAUUCUUCUGAAAUCCCCCAAAAUGGGCAGCAAUCUCAGGAUGUACAGAAAAAAGAAAUAUUUCCCAGUGUCACCGAAGAGUCCAUCUGGAGAAUGAUACAGCAGACACCUGAGUGCAUUCUCAUGACGUAUCAGGUACCUGAGAGAGUUAAAGAAGUUGUACUAAAAGAAGACCUAGAAAGGCUAGAGAGUAUGAAGCAGCAGCAGCCCCAGUUUUCUCAUGGGCAACAGGAGGAGCUGGCCAAGGUGUAUAAUUGGAUUCAAAGCCAGGCUAUCCCUCAGGAAAUUGACGUUCAAGCCUGUGACACUUGCGAAAGUGCAGAUUCAGCGGAUGACGUGGCCACAUCCAGUGGUCAGGCAGAAGACAGCAGUUGAGCGACUGAGGAUGAACCUUCGUACCCUUUCCAAGACAUGUUACACAAACAGAGCUUUUUAAGUCCUGGACUUUUAAAUAUUUGACCAUAAAGUUAUCAGUGAAUGUUAAGAUUUUUUCUUCUUGAUAUUUUAACACACAUAAUCUUUUUGAAGCAGGCAUUGUGUACAAAGUCUUUCUUCUCUUUGUUCCUGAUCCAUUAAAAUGGCCAAUGAGGCUCUUUCUCAAGUUGAGCUGUCUUCUAAAGAGACUGGAUGGCCUGUAAAGAGGUAUGUGGAUCUCUGGUUCAGAUGUCACCCAGAGUAAAUUAUAAUUAGAAGUCUAGCUAGAAUGAGCCCCAGACCUUAGCGUGAUUUAUUUUGUCCUGUUACAUCAGUCACUUUCACCUUAGAGUGCUUGAAGAACUCCCGUCUACAGGUCGUAUACUUUUCAUAAUGGUUUGCAUAAAUGUAGUACAUUCAUGUAGGCUUUGUUCAACCUGGUGUUCCCCUGCUUUAGAUAAAACAUUCCGGUUUUCUCACAGCACAUUAGCACAUAUUGUCCAUUAGCAUAUCUGGGAUAACCAGGUUUUGAGGGUUGAAUUUUGACCUUCAUCCUUGCAGAUGCCUUUCCUACUGAUCUUCCACCUUCCAGUGAAAUUCUGAAAGUCGUGUCUUAAACAUUGAUCAGCUUACCAUAGGCGUAUUCUUUUGAGAGCUUAAGUUAGCAUUUACAUGUGUAAUGUGAAAAUGAAAGAGCUGCUUAUUCGACCAAUGGUGUUGCCCUUUUGAAUGUUUUUGUUUAACUGUAAAAAGUUUCACAAGUAAUGUAAAAGCUAGUAACCUUCUUGUAUACUUCUGUGUUUAAAUGUUCAUUCUUACCAAAACUAACAGUUAACUCUUUCUUUCCAAUCAAUUUAUACAAGAGGUCACUCCAGCCCUACCAGAGGUCUGAUUGGCUCUGCCUUUGUUUGCCCUUGAACAGGGUAAGUGUCAUGGGGAUUGCACAGGAGAAAACGUCAAGGCAAGCUCAGUUGUCCUUCCCACGGGGCCUUGCAGUUCCUGCAGUCAGUGCUUUCUAUGGCGGUUGUAGUUGUGUCUUUUGAGAAGUGAGUGUGAUUGUUUAAUUGAUAAAUCAGCUCACUCUCUGGUGCUCUUUAGAGAAGUCACUGAUUCCUUCUCAAACUUGGAAUGAUACAUGAAAUUCACACCCCUGGAAGUCAGGAAAAAAAAUACAAAAUGAAGGUUACAGUAACCUUUUGUCUUUAUAUAACUUGCAACAAACUAACUUAUUUUUUGUCUUCCCUUUUUUUUUGUUUUUGUUUUUGUUUUUUGUGGUGGUUUUAGGGAAAUGCUUCUUUCUCCUUUGAAGUGUUACAGCUUUUUGUAAACGCAUCCUGAUAAUGAUUAGGAAAAUCAACCUUUUUAUCCACGAGGACCAUCCCCGUAGCUCAGAUUUUCUUUCGAACUACUGGUUUUCUGGAUGAUAAUUCCAUCUUAAGGUGUCAGAACUAUUUUCACAUGCUGCCUCUGACAGUCCCUGAAUUUUCUGAUAUUAAGCAGUUCCAUGCAGAUAUUCCCGUUUUAUAAAUAGCUCUCAUAUUCUGCUCCAUCUUGAUACUUAAGUGAUUUCUGAAGCCUUUGUGUGUUGAUCAGGUUGUGUGGUAUUUUUGCUUGAAGAAAAAAUCAAAUUUGAAACAACCAGCCGGUAGAUUGUCUGUCAGUGAUCUUCUGUAGUAAUAAAGUUUUUGCUUCUGUAAAUAAAAGCAGUAUCUGUAGCCAUCAGGAUCAUUGUGCAUUCGUAGACGCCUAUUUUAAGCCUUAUGUUCUCUAAUAGAAGCCUUUCUUUUCCAUCGUUUCUGGAUAGCUGUAUUAUCCAAACGUGCUCAUUUCUUUGCCUUAGUACACAUUUUCUGGAGUACAUGUUAUACGAGGUUUUAUUGGAAACUGGUGCUUGUCACAGAACUGUCAGAGCAUGAGGAGCGCUCCUGUUGUGGGGGGACAUGUCCAUGCACUCGGGUUGCACCUGCUGCUGGCGGUGAGCAGGGGGCUCAGCAGCUGGACCACCGCCCCCCGAGGGGGCUCUCCCCACUUUAAACUUUGUUAUUCAAAUUUAUUAACUUUUUAUAUUAAUGACUAUAGAAAAUGGAAGUAAAAAUGUAUGUUGUAGGCUUCAGCGUUUACAUAAAUGUUAUUCAGAAGCUGUAUUUUCUUUGGUCAGAGGUCAAGAUUUAUGAAAAACAAGAUGCUGUAUGAACGGAAUCGUUUUGCAAUUGAGUGAAACUUCAUUAUAAUUCACAGUGUAUAUUUAAUCAAAAUUGAAAUUUUGUUUCAACUGAAUGUAUAAUUCUGAAUUUGUUUUUAAUCAUAAGUAAUAUUUGAAUUGGAUGUCUUUUUAAGUAAAAACAAUAAACUGUGUACAUGUAAAACGUGAG